ACGAUAGGCUGGCUGAAUUUUAAUAGAAUCUGGUAUCACAAUUAAUAUAAAUGAAGUGAAGCCAGCAACAAAAACAAAGAGAUUGCUACGAUCAAAAUGCUACGGGCAACGGGGAAACGGGACAGGGACAUCUUUGAAGAGGUUUGGCCGGACAAGAGGCGGAUUGUUUUAAAGCUCCUGCGCCAGGAUACGGUGUCGCAACGCGAAUGGCAGGACCUCUUCUUUGGCGUCCACUUCGUUUGCCUGUGGGACGAGAAGGGCGCGGCCAAGAUCUACGACUGUCUGCAGCAGGACAUCGUCGAGUUUAUCGUCCAGGCACAGAGUCAAGUGCAGGCUCAACGCGGCGAACAGGCCCUCCUGGCCACCUACAUUGUGGAGUGGCGCAAGUUCUUCACACAGUCCAACUACCUGCCGCUGCCCUUUCGCCAGCUUGAGCAGUCUCCCCAGGUGAAGCCCUCGACUAGCGGCAGUUCCUCCUCUGCCUCCGCAUCCGUAUCCGCGUCGGGUGCGAGUACGAGUGCCGCGGCGGCAGCAGCUUCAGGCUCUUCCUGCAUCGGCCAGGCUGGAAAGUCGGGAGCCUCCACCUCAUCCGCCGCCGGAGCCUCUACGUCAGCCGCCGCCGCUGCUGCCGCCUCCACAUCCGCCUCCACAAGCUCAGCAGCUGCAGCGGCAGCGGCUUCCGGAAGCGGGAGCAGUAGUACCUCCAGCUCCAAGAAAAAUCCCACGGAAGACAGCCCCGUGCGCAAACUGAUGCUGGACUCAUGGAACAAGCACAUCUUCCACGACAUCAAGCACCGCCUGCAGGAGUCGGCCAUGAAGAUUGUGCACGCCGAGCGGAAUGGCGACGCCUACGAUGCCCAGUUGGUGGUGGGCGUGCGCGAGAGCUAUGUGAAUCUCUCCUCGAAUGCCGAGGACAAGCUGGAGAUCUACAGGGAGAACUUCGAGAUGGCCUAUCUCAAGGCCACCGCCGAGUUCUACCGCCUCAAGUCGGCGGAGCAGCAGCAGGAAAAUGGAGUGCUGGCCUACAUGAAAUACGCCGACUCCAAGUUGCGAGAAGAGGAGGUGAGGGCCAAGCGUUAUCUGGAGCCCAGCAGCUUCAGCAUACUCACAUACACACUGGUCAAGGUGCUCAUAGUGGAUCAUCUGAACUCCAUUAUUGCUGAGUGUCCGGCUUUGAUCAGGGACUAUGAAACGGAGCGUUUGAAUCUCAUGUUCCGCCUUAUGGAUCGCGUGCUGCAUGGCGUGGGCGUGGAGGCCAUGAUGGGUGACCUGCAGCGGCACAUUAUGUCCGCCGGACUGGCCGACAUGCUGUCCGCAUCAGAGGUGAUCACCCAGGACUCGGAGAAAUACGUAGAGCGGCUACUAGAGCUGUUCAACAAGUUUAGCGACCUGGUGCGCAACGCCUUCAACGACGAUCCCCGCUUCCUCACUGCCCGCGAUAUCGCUUUUAAGACGGUGGUCAACGACACCAGCGUGUUCAAGAUGGAGCUGCCCACAAGCAUCGCCAACCGAGGUGUUAAAUACACGGCGCCGGAGAGCAAAUGCCCGGAACUGCUGGCCAACUACUGCGACAUGCUGCUGCGACGAACGCCGCUCAGCAAGCGCCUCACCAGCGAACAGAUCGACGCACGCCUGCGCGAUGUCCUGCUGGUCCUGAAAUACGUCAACAACAAGGACGUCUUCAUGCGCUACCACAAAGUUCAUUUGACGAGGCGCUUGAUUUUGGGAACAAGUGCGGACAGCGAGAAGGAGGAGGACAUUGUUGAGUGGCUGCGCGAGGUGGGCAUGCCGGCGGACUAUGUGAAUCGGCUGGCGCGCAUGUUCCAGGACAUUAAGGUCAGCGAAGAUCUGAAUACUCAAUUCCGCACCUCGAUCAGUCGGCACGAUGCUAUCAACAUUAAAAUACUCAACGCGGGCGCUUGGGCCCGGUGCUCGGAGCGAGUGUCAGUCUCACUGCCUAUCGAGCUGGAGGACUACAUUCCCGAUGUGGAGGAGUUCUACAAGAAGAAGCAUUCCGGUCGCAAGCUUCAGUGGUACCAUCACAUGAGCAACGGCACCAUCACCUUUGUGAACAACUUUGGCCGCUAUGAUCUGGAUGUGACUACCUUCCAAAUGGCCGUCUUGUUUGCCUGGAAUCAGCGGCAACACGACAAGAUCUCCUACGAGAAUCUUCGCCUGGCCACUGAACUGCCAGAUCCCGAACUGAGGCGAACUCUUUGGUCACUUGUGGCGUUCCCGAAAAUAAAGAAGCAGAUUCUGCUCAUGGAGCCGGCGACCAUCAGUUCGCCCAAGGAUUUCGCCGAGAACACCAUGUUCUAUAUCAAUCAAGAGUUUGCCAUCGUCAAGAAUGGCAAGUCCCAGCGACGAGGAAAACUCAAUCUCAUCGGGCGCCUGCAGUUGAGCACGGAACGCUCGCAGCAGGAGGACAAUCAGUCCAUUGUGCAGCUGCGCAUUCUGCGCACACAAGAGGCCAUCAUCAAGAUCAUGAAGGUGCGCAAACGGAUGAACAACGCUGCGCUCCAGGGUGAACUCAUCGAUAUACUGAAGAACAUGUUCCUGCCGUCCAAGAAGAUGAUCAAGGAACAGCUAGAGUGGCUCAUCGAGCACAAAUACAUGAGGCGCGACGAUGACGAUAUUAACAUGUUCAUCUACGUGGCCUAAGCAGCUGUUCCUGAACCCGGCUCUAGUCUCAGGCCCAUCUAAGCAAUCAUUCCCAUUUCCAUUCCCCCCAAAACGCUACUCAAAAAUAUCGCCGCAGCGAUUUUAAUCUCAAUGCCGACGUGCUCAAAGCACGCGACCUAUUUCUGUCUAUGGAAUUGGAUAAUUGUAUUAUAUGGAAACGUGAUUCGCUGCUGACAUUGCGUCCUCAGAGCAUUUAAAAGACCCACAUUUCAAUUGGCACCCGCUUCUCGUAUCCACGUCCUGUAUUCAUAUCUGUAUUCGUAUUUGUGAAACUUUGUAUUUUUAUAUUGGCCCACUGGCAGCUCCGGCGUAGCUCUAGGUAUUAUGUUUUGUGCGGUAUUUGCACCCUGAAAAGUCCACGCCCAUGCCCACGCCCUGCCCCCCGAGUAAUAUCGAUCGAUAGCGUUAAUCUAAUCAACCUGCUGUUUUCUAUGUGUGUAGUUCUCCCUUGUUUGUUUCCGUUGCCUGGUCUUCUGUUGAUUCUUGGGUAUUUUGCAAUGUUCCACGUGAGACUCACACACCCACACAGGGAUUGAAACCUCCUGAAGGUUGGGCGGAAGCCAAUUAUACGCUUCCGGUCAUUCUCAGCAUGGAAUGCCUAAUCACACACAAGCACUCACACACACGCGAUCGCAAAACUACAACUAAAAUAGCAAUACUUUAAGUUUAAGUUAAUCAAUAAACUUGGUUCUACACAGAUAAUGAAAGCUAAA